CACUGGAACCCCGCCCGCGCAGCAGCAGCAAGGGGGACCCGCGCGGCGAGGGCUGCUGCUGCUUCCUCGGGCAGCAGCUCUGUCUGGAGGUGAGCUCCUCUCCUCCUGCUCUCUGCCCCGCCCCCAGCCAGGAUGGACCAGUCGGUCGCUAUCCAGGAGACGCUCUCUGCGGGCGAGACGUGCCUUGCCGCUGUGCAGGGAAUCCUGGCAGGGGCGGCGAGCGUGGAGAGCCGGUUGCUGGGCCUGGUGGAGAGCCAUGGGAAAGCCAUGAUCUGUCUGUACACACACCGGCGAAUGGCCAUCACCGCGGAGGAUGUGUGUCUGGAGAGGGUCCUGCUCAUUCAGGAAGGCUUUGCCGUGGAAGAAGCUCCCCUAGAGAGUGGCCUGCAUAUUCUAGGCUCGGAUCUCACUGUCCGGAUCACCUCCAGGGAUGCAGACCUGCUGGUGCAGCUGCCAUUUGGCUCACAGACACAGAGGUUCCUGCGGGAGGUCAGGGAGCGCUGCAGCCCAGGAGUUGCCGGGGCUGAGGAUGCCAAGCUGAAGGAGAAGCUGCCACCUGUCCCGAGUCAAGUGCGGAGCCCAGGCAGCGCUGACAAGGCCACUGCCCCCAGGUCAAGCAAACCCCGGAACGAGGUCACCAGCGAGAUGGUCCGCUCCUCCAGCGUGCUGGUGUCGGACAAGGCGCAGGGCCUGCCCAUGCAGACCUUUGGGCUGAGAGAGACCAUGAUCCGGUCCAACCUUCUGCAGAAGGAGGAUUCGUACACGCACCUCCAGAGCUUCAGGUUUUUUGUGGGGACCUACAACGUGAACGGCCAGCCCCCCCGGGAGAACCUCCAGCCCUGGCUGAGUCAAGAUAUGGAGCCUCCGGAUGUCUACUGUGUGGGCUUCCAAGAGCUUGACUUGAGCAAAGAGGCCUUUUUCUUCAACGACACGCCCAGAGAAGAGGAGUGGUUUAAAGCUGUGACGGAGAGCCUUCACCCAGAGGCCAAAUACGCCAAGGUGAAGAUGGUGCGGCUGGUUGGGAUCCUGCUGCUGCUGUACGUGCGGACGGAGCUUGCUAUGAACAUCGCGGAGGUGGAGGCUGAGACCGUUGGCACAGGCAUCAUGGGGAGGAUGGGCAACAAGGGCGGAGUGGCCAUCCGCUUCAAGUUCCACAACACCACCAUCUGCGUGGUGAACGCCCACCUGGCAGCCCACACCGAGGAGUACGAGCGGCGGAACCAGGACUUCCGAGACAUCUGUGCCCGCAUGCAGUUCUGCCAGCUAGAGCCCAGCCCCCAGCCCCUCUCCAUAAGCAGACACAAUGUCGUCUUGUGGUUGGGAGACUUGAACUAUCGGUUGGAGGAGCAGGAUGUGGAGCAAGUGAAGAAGCUGGUUGAGGCACGUGACUUCCAGGCCCUUUUCCAGCGCGAUCAGCUGAAGAUCCAGAUGGAGGCAAAGGCAGUCUUUGGAGGCUUUACAGAGGGGGAGAUCUCCUUCCAGCCAACUUACAAGUACAAUGCAGGCUCUGACGACUGGGACACCAGCGAGAAGUGCCGCACCCCAGCUUGGUGUGAUCGGAUCCUCUGGAAAGGAAGGAACGUCUCUCAGCUGAGCUACCGAAGCCACAUGGCCCUGAAGAGCAGUGACCACAAGCCAGUCAGUGCUCUCUUCGAUGUUGGGGUGAAGGUGGUGGACGAGGAGCUCUACCGCAAGGCGUUCGAGGAAACUGUGCGCUGCUUGGAUAAGCUGGAGAAUGCCAGCAUCCCCUCGGUGACUCUUUCCAAGAGGGAGUUCCUUUUCAAGGAUGUCAAGUACAUGCAGUACCAGGUGGAGUCUUUCAUCAUCCACAAUGGACCAGUCCCUUGCCAGUUUGAGUUCAUCAACAAGCCGGAUGAAGACACCUACUGCAAGCCAUGGCUGACUGCAAAUCCCAGCAAGGGCUUCCUCUUGGCAGACUCUGAGGUGACGGUUGAGUUGGAACUGUUUGUGAACAAGUCGAUGGCCACCCGCUUGAACUCGGGAGAAGACACCCUGGAAGACAUCCUGGUGCUGCAUCUUGAUCGGGGCAAGGAUUACUUCCUGUCUGUGUCUGGGAACUACCUGCCCAGCUGCUUCGGAUCCCCCUUGCAGACCCUCUGUUACAUGAGGGAUCCCAUCCAGGAGAUGUUGCCAGAGACCAUCAGGGAGCUGACCUUGAUGCCGUUGUCCUCUGCAGAAGAGGACGCCUUCCGGGCUGAGGAGCCCUUGCAUGUUCCCAAGGAGCUGUGGAUGAUGGUGGACCAUCUCUACCACAAUGCUUGCCAGCAGGAGGACCUGUUCCAGCAGCCUGGUCUGAGGUCAGAGUUUGAAGAGAUCCGUGACUGCCUAGACACGGGCAUGCUGGACACACUCAAUGGCAGCAACCACUCUGUGGCUGAAGCUCUGCUGCUCUUCCUGGAGAGCCUUCCCGAGCCAGUCGUCUGCUACGAGCUGUACAGAAGCAGCCUGGAGAGUGCCGACAGCUACGUGCUGAGCAGUCAGGUUGUUUCCACGCUGCCCAAGUGCCAUAAAAACGUCUUCAGUUACUUGAUGGCUUUUCUGCGGGAGUUGCUGCAGCACUCUGGGAAAAACCACUUGGAUGCCAAGAUCCUGGCCAGCGUAUUUGGAGGCUUGCUGCUCCGCCCGCCUCCCGGCCACCCCAGCGCAGGCAUUGCCGAGAAGCAGAAGGCUCAGCAGUUCAUCCAGCAGUUCCUCUUGCCGGGAGGCAGCACGCCGUGAGGGCAAGAAAGGACUGUGCAUCUAAUUGUCUGUAUUGGUUACGAAGCUGCCUUGAACUGCAUCAGGCCAUGAGCCCAUCUAGCUCAGGACACUGGCUGGCAGCAGCAGCUCCUCUGCGGGUUCUCCUGUGGGGUCUUUCCCAGCCCUGGGCCUUGAGCAGGCCAAGCAGAUUCUCAGCCGUUGAGCUGCAGCCCCUCCUAAAGCCACCCCGUGUGUAGGCACAGACAAGCAGAAACUUCCAUUCCAGAAUACCUUGGGUAUUGGCAGCAGCACCCUAAAGGUUAUUUCUAUACAUGUCACGGGUUUUAGUGGCGCGUGUGCUCUUGACUCCCCCGCCCCCAGCCAGAUCUUGAACUUUGUGAUAGAGCUGUCUGCAUGUCAUUAAAUUGGUCACUUUUUAUAAUGAAAAAAGGAUAUAGAUUUAAUAUAAUUAAACAUUUUUAAAGGUA